AUGAAUUUACUCAACUUUCUAAACUUAUGCAUUUUCUUGUCAUUUCUACCUGAAUUAUGCAUAGGAAAAUGUAAACUACCAAAUGAUGUUGAAAAUUAUCAUAGCAAUCCUGUCGGAAGUGUAUCGAAACGGACGGUUUAUACUGCACAACUGAAAAUACUGACUCAUUAUACAAGAAAAAUCAAAGAGCGUACUGACUUCCAAGAAAUGAAAAAAAAGAUUAUAGAACCUGCAAUUAAAAUGUGGGAGGAAAUUUUGAAGAUUAGAUCACUGUCAUCAGAGAGAAUCUAUCUACAAAGGAGUUGCAAAGAGUAUGAUAAAUACGCCAAAGUACUUCCCAAUGGAACACGAUAUCGUUACUGCAGAAGAGGUUGUGAAACAAAGUCAAAGUGUUACUCAGGAAUUCUUCCAGAACAAUACUUGGACCGCUGUAAUGAAUUGGAGCACGAACAACCUAAAUCGUCUGGAGUAAGAGGAAGUGGAAUCGCUUAUAAUGAAUUCUUGUUCGUAAUUGAUUCACAAAAUGCUAGCGGCUGUCAUUCUGGGACCACACUGGGUUACGCAACAUUCUGUCGGAUGGAUCCAUUCACGGAUAGGCCAGUUGCAGGUUACGCAAAUAUGUGUCCAGGACACUUAAAGAUGGAAGCAGAAAAUAUUCGUCAAUCUACUGCAACGAUGGCGCAUGAAUUGGCUCAUGCUUUGGGCUUCAUGCGUGAUGCCUUCAGAUACACGCGUGACAAAAACAACGUUCCAAGAACAAAUCGUGAUCCUAAUACAGAUGAACCAAAUGAAAUAGAUGCCAAUCAGUAUAGCAUUCCAGGAUCAAAAGUUCUACGCACUGUGACUCGUCAGUGGGGAUCAUACAGACAUGUUACCAAUCGUGAAGUCACCGUGCUUAUAACACCAAAAAUGGUGGAAAAAGCAAGGGAAUACUUCAAUUGUCCACAACUAGAUGGUGUAGAACUUGAAAGUGAAGAAAGUGAGGGCAAUAGACAACACAUUGAACGGAGAAUACUUGAAAAUGAAAUAAUGACCGCUCUUUACACCCAACGUUCAUACGUUUCGCCAAUUCUCCUUGGAUAUUUUGAAGACACCGGGUGGUAUACUCCAGAUUAUACAAAAGCAAACAAGAUUACCUAUGGUAAAAACCUUGGAUGUGAUUUUAUCAUGAGGAGUUGUUACGAUUAUAUGCUGAUACAGAAAUCAAAAGGAGAAAGCUUUUAUCCAUACUGCGAUUACCAUGAUUUUUAUAAAACUCUUUGCCUUAAAAAUCAAAACGCCUACGGAUACUGUGAUUUGACUACAUUCACAGAAGAUUUGGAUGUUGAAUUCCAGUAUUUCGAAAAUCCUAGACUCGAAAAAUCAAAAAAUUACCUUCUUCAUGGUUAUGGAGAAGAUGCAAUUUGCAUAGAUCAUGAUAAAAGUAAACGAUGGGAAAUUCAUGAACACGGAAGAACCAAACUUGAAGAUUAUCCUCAGUCAACAUGUCUAAAGCACAUAUGUUCCCCAACGGAAGGUUUGAUUUUAAUUCUACAAGAUGAAAAAGAGUUAGUUUGUCCAGUAAAAGGGAAAUACGUUGAUUUGACGUACAAUGGUCAUGGUUUCCAGGUUACUGGUUCAAUUAUUUGUCCUCCCUGUAAAGAGUUUUGCAAGAACUGUCCAAGAGAAUAA